CUCCGGGUCUCCGCCCGGGUUAGGUAGGAGUGCGUGAGAGGCCAGGCGUGGGUGCGAAGAUGCCCCAGGACGGUGUCUCCGGCGGCGCGGCUGGGCACGGAAAGGAAGCCUUGGCGGCUGCCGCCGCCGCCGCUGCUGCCUCCGUUGCCGGAGUGGUCGGGCUCGGUGGCGGGGCGUUCCUGCCGAACCCCGCGUUGGUGGCCUCCGUCGCUGCGCCCGUCCCGGACCCGCUAAGGCGCUUUGUGUUAUUCUUGGAAAAUUUCGCACCACUUGUGAAUUCCUUGAACCUGGGCAUUGCAAACCCACUUCUGUUGGGCCCAUCUCCUUUGCAGUUUGCUCAGAUUAAGACACAGUUGGCUCUUCAACAGCUGCAUGCAGUUGCUUCACAUGGUUCAGCAUCACCUUAUUCUUUAUUAAAUCAGUCAUUCUUGAAAAUAGCCAUGUCAAGACCCAGGUUUAAUCCUCGAGGACACUUUCCAGGUCAAAGGCCACAAGCACCUAACCCUUCUGGGAUGAAGCCUCAUGGAGGAUAUAUGAGAACUGAAACAAUGGGUAUCCCAAGAUUACAACCCUCAGGAAGACCACAUGGAAUUGCACAAAGAUUUGGGGGCCAUGAGUCUUAUCAGAGCAUGGGUCCCCAUCGGACAAAUGUUCAGAUGAUGCAACACCGAACUGAUCCAAGAUUGGCCAAAGAAAAAAUGGAUUUUCAUGAAGCCCAACAAAAGAAGGGAAAACCUCAUGUUGGUCAGUGGGAUGAUAGUCCUCGUCCAUCUGGAACAUCAGGACUGAAACGUGGUUCUGCCACGCAUAUUACAGACCAGAGUCCAAAAGUCCACAGUCGAUACACAAAGGAAAGUGCAUCAAGUAUUUUAGCAAGUUUUGGAUUAUCCAAUGAAGACCUAGAGGAACUCAGUCGAUAUCCAGAUGAACAGCUAACCCCAGAAAAUAUGCCAUUGAUACUGAGGGAUAUAAGAAUGCGUAAAAUGGGGCGCUGGUUACCUAAUUUGCCUUCCCAGAGAAGUGGUAAAGAAACCCUUGGUGGUGAGACAGUUUCAAGUAAUGUGAUUGAUUAUGGACAUGCUAGUAAAUAUGGUUACACAGAAGAUCCAUUGGAAGUACGAAUUUAUGACCCUGAAGAACCGACAGAAGAAAAUAAGGCUGAAUUUCAGUCCCAACAGAAUAUUUCUGUGUCUGCUCCAAAUGUGAUAUGUAAUACAAUGUUUCCAGUUGAAGAUUUGAUCAGACAGAUGGGUUUCCAAAGUGAGUCCUCCAGUAAUCAAUCAUUUUUCCCAGUUGAUAGUGCAAACAAGAUGUCAAAUUUAAACAUGACAGGACAGUCAGUUCUUGAACCAGUGAACUCUGUGAGCCAAUCUAUUAGUCAAGCAAUGAGCCAGUCACUUAUUUCUUCAAUGAGCCAAUCUCUGAUACCACCUCCUAUGAGCCAGCAGUCUUUUUCAGCUGAAUUAAUUACACCUGUAAGUCAACAGGAAAGGAUUUCGCAUGAACCUGUGAUUAAUUCGUCUAACAUGCAUAUUGGGUCUGGAGGUGGGAAAAAAAAUUAUUCAUCAGAACCUGAUGCUCCUAUUCAGUCUCCGUUUGGAAUUGUGAAAGCAUCUUGGCUGCCAAAGUUUUCACAGACAGGUGCCCAGAAGAUGAAGAGACUUCCAACUCCUUCUAUGAUGAAUGAUUAUUAUGCUGCAUCUCCAAGAAUAUUUCCACAUAUGUGUUCUCUAUGUAACGUAGAGUGUAGUCAUUUGAAGAAUUGGAUUCAACAUCAGAAUACACCUGCCCACAUUGAGAGCUGUCGACAGUUACGUCAACAAUACCCUGAUUGGAAUCCUGAGAUCCUUUCUUCCAGGAGAGAUGAGGGCAAUCGAAAAGAAAAUCAGACUCCAAGGAGACGGACUCACUCUUCUAGUGUCAGUCCCCGACGAUCUAGGGGGCCAAGUUUCAGUCACAAGUUGCGGCGGUCUCGAUCUAGAAGCCCUGGACGUUAUAUGCCAAGUAGACCAAGAAGUCGAAGUCCAAGAUAUUCACAUCGAUUCAGUCCCAGACACCGGUCUCGGUCACCACAUCGAUCUCGAAAUCCUCUCAGAGGAAGUCCUAAACCCCCAAGAUCUGCUAGCUCUGAGUGGACAUCAAGGAGACGACCAAGGUCACCAGAUAAAAGAAGCUCAUUGGAAGCUGUGGUUCAGAGUUUGGGACACGGUUUCCCUGCAGAGUUCAGUAAGCAGAAACACUUUGAAGCAAGCGGGAAGGGAAGAUCCUCCACCCAAAAGAGUCUCAGCAGCAGUUCAAAACUACCCUGUAAGACUGUAGGUUCUACAAAGAGUGAGUCCUCAGCCAGUCACACUGCUCGCCAUAAAGCCAAGAAUCCUGAAGAUGCCAGCUCAUCCCAGGUGCUGGAGGAAAGCGUUACUCAAAGAAAGCCGUGGGAAGAUGAAUCCUUGCGUUGUGAUACAAUUAUUCAUGUAUCAGAGUUACCAACUGAUGGCUACACUGAGCAAGAUAUUAUAAAAAUAGUUCAACCAUUUGGAAAAGUUAGUGAUCUCUUGAUUGUUCCAUCUAGAAAUGAGGCCUACUUGGAAAUGAAAUUUAAGGAGGCUGUGGCUGCUGCUGUCAAGUACUGUGAAACCACACCAGUCCAGGUGAAAGGGAAGCGGGUAAAGAUCAGCACUGCGGGCAAGAAGAAGUUACCGAGCGCCAAUCAGAACAAAGAUGGAAAGAAAGUGGUUUCAGAAGCAAAAAAGCUGUCAACUUCAAAAAAAGAUGGGGAUGGUUCAAAGACCGAAUCUGUAAUGGCAGCUUCCACUGGGAAGUCAUCAGUUAAUAAAAAGUCUGUGAUUUCUGCAAGUGCUAAAAGUAAUAAAACUUCUAACAAAUCAGCAAAACCUAGUGGAAAGAAGACAAUAGAAAACAAAAAACCUAUAGAUUCCCAAAUAAAAGACUCUAAUAAGGCUGUGACAGUGCCAGAGAAACUUGCACCAGUUUUGACUGAAUCAGAUCAACCUACCAAGACUUUAGUUGACAAAGAAAAUUUUCAUGCAGAACACACUGAAACCAGAAACAUUUCAGAAACCAAGAGCAUUCCUGAAGCCACUGAGAACACUGCUAAAGAAAAUGCUUCAGAAGCUGUUUCGGGGAUCACCGAAAAUGAGGAUUCAGUUAAUAAGGAAACUGAAGAGAUGUGCAUUGUCCUCAUUUCAAAUUUGCCAAAUAAAGGAUAUUCUACAGAAGAAGUUUCUAAUCUGGCAAAACCAUUUGGUGGUUUGAAGGAUAUUUUGAUUUUAUCAUCUCAUAAGAAGGCAUACAUGGAAAUAAAUAGAAAGUCUGCAGACUCUAUGGUAAAGUUUUAUACAUGCUUCCCAAUGUCAAUGGAUGGAAAUCAGCUUUCAAUAAAUAUGGCUUCUGAAAAUGUCAAUCUAAAGGAUGAGGAGGCUAUAUUCACAACUUUGAUUAAAGAAUCUUCCCCUGAGGCCAAUCUAGAUACCAUUCACAAGCAGUUUGUGCAUCUUGGUAACUUACCAGAUGAUGGAUAUACUGAACAAGAAGUUGUUUGUGUUGGACUUCAGUUUGGAAAAGUGGAUCGCUAUGUGUUCAUAAAUAAUAGAAACAAGGUAAUUCUUCAGUUAGAUACUUGUGAAUCUGCUCAGAAAAUGCACGACUUCUUAAAACAAAAUCCUUUUAAGAUGGGUGAAAAUAUCUUGUCCUGUUCAUUGUCUCUGAAGAUAGAACCAUCCAAGGUUCAAACUGAGAGAGACCCAGAACCUGGAAAAGAGAGCCCUGACUUGAAAAACAAUCCAGUUGAUGAAAGUGAGGUGCAAACAGCAGCUGAUAGUUCCUCAGUUAAACCUAGUGAAAUCAAGGAAGAGGCCAUCCCAAAUCCUGUCCUCCAAAUGGAGCCUUCCACACUGCAGGAAGAGCCUUCCAAGGGAGAGCCUGAAAGAGGAGCAGUGUGUGACUCUGACUUGGCUCCUGGCAAAGUGGAGGUAGAAGUACAGGUGGAGGAGGCAGAGCUGAGGAAUACCGAUGGAAACUCUGCCCCAACUAUGGUCAAAGACAAUUCAGAGAAUUCUAUGAUUACUCUUCAGGAAAACAUGGCUGAUUUGGAGAAAGAGGAGAAGGUCAAAGUUAAGCCGGAACUAGAACUGGCUCUCUGCGCUGGGCCAUGUGCAGAAGAGGACAGUAAACAAAAGAUGGAAGAGUCUCUUCCAGAGACCGAAGAUGUCCAUGACGUGGAGAAAUCAGGAAAUGCCCUCUUGGGGUUUGUUGGUGAAGCAACAACAGACAUGGAAGUACUCGAAGCCUCUGCAGAAGUGCUGCUACCUGUUUCUCCUAUGGUGACAAUACAGGGAGCUUCUACUGGGAAUGAGAAGGCAGCAGUCAGCAAAGAGGAAAUUUGUGAUAAAAACACGAUGGAGGAAAAAGAGGACAAGGGGACUGAUUUCAAGGACACUAGAAUAGAGCUGAAAACUGCGCUGGAAAUAGGGCCAGAAAAGGAACCCGAAAAGAAUGGCGCUGAGGAUGCAUUGGGCAUGGAGAAGUCUGAAAGGAUUGUCGUGACAAGAGAGAAAACUGGAGACAGCACUGUGACUAAGGAACAUGUGAAUAAAGGAGUAGGCCAACCUAGCAAGCCUGACGAAACAAGUAAAACCAGUGUUCAGGUGGUAUCAAAUGCCUCUUCCAGCAAACUGAGCUCCAAGCUCAUGGCUUCCACCCCAAAUACACUCAAGACAAAAGUGACUGGUCAGAAAAGUGAGGUGAAAACAGAAGAUCAGAGGACAUGCUCAAAGCUUUUGCCCAAAAGCCAAGCAAGUGUGGAGAAGAAGCUCACCACCAAAGACAUGGGCUCCCUUAGACCUGCCAGUGCCAGGUCCACACUGGGUGAAAGCGGCAGCAAAUCUAAAACUUCCCCCAGCGGCAUAGCCAGAGGAAGCAGUGGGCGGACCUCAGUUCCACAAGACAAGGAUUACAGGGCUCUAGCAAAACAGUCUCAAGAAACAGAGACUAGACCUUCCACCAUGAAACGGGAUGACAGCGGCAAUAAGACUUCUGCUGGGCAGAACACUAAGAACCCUAAAGGCAGCUCUGGUAAGACUGCCAAACCUAGAGAGGAAGAAGAGCUUUUUCCAUUUAAUUUGGAUGAGUUUGUUACCGUGGAUGAAGUUAUAGAAGAGGUGGACCCUUCUCAAGCCAAGCAAAAUGCACCAAAGGGGAAAAAGAAAGAACCUCUCAAGAAUCUUCCAUCUUCUGAGAUUAACUUAAAAAGAAGGAAAGGGAAAAGUUCAGUAAGUUGUGUUGCUGAGAGUGAGUUAUCUUUUGUUACACUGGAUGAGAUUGGUGAAGAAGAAGAUGCUGCUGCUCACCUGACCAUUGAGUCUAGCUUGGAAACCAAAGCUCUGGUCACUGUGGAUGAAGUUAAUGAUGAAGAGGAGCUGAAUGUGGAGGAAAUGGUCCAAAAUGCAAAUUCCCUUCUUACUUUAGAUGAGAUAAUUGAGCAAGAGGAUUGCACUUCCCAUAGUGAGCCUAAAGAUGUUACUAUUUUGUCAGUGGAUGAAGAACGAGAUCUUUUGAAGAGGGAACCCCUAGUAACUGUGGAUGAAAUUGGAGAAGUGGAAGAGCUACCUCUCACUGAGUCAGCAGAUAUAAAUUUUGCUCCUAUAAAUCCCAAGGAAGAAGAAAAUGUUGUAAGGGAGUCCAUUGGCUUCAUUUCUUCUCAGGUGCCUGAAGACCCAACCACUUUAGUUACAGUAGAUGAGAUACAAGAUGAUAGCAGUGAUGUCCAUUUAGUGACUUUAGAUGAAGUGACAGAAGAAGAUGAAGAGUCUUUGGCAGACUUUAACAACCUUAAAGAGGAGCUUAAUUUUGUUACUGUUGAUGAGGUUGGAGAAGAGGAAGAAGGAGAAAAUGAAUUAAAAGUUGAGACAGCUAGAAAAGAUGUUUGCUCUGUGGCUAAAACAGGAGGCAUUAAGAAGAAACCUAUAACUGUCAAGCAGGAGAAGCCUAGAGCUUUGCAACAAGUGGGCCAGAUCAAUGAAGAGAUUAUAGAGAAAGACCCCAAAACUAUGACUGAACGACAUCUAGCAGAACAAAGCAUUUCCCAAGUUGCUUCAUCUCAAGAAAAGGGGAUGAAGCCAGAGAGCAAGCAAGAACACUCAGCCAAAACUCCAGCUAAGAGAAGUAGAACCAAGAAAGUACCAUCAUCAGAGACUUUUGAUACUUCAGAACCACCAAAACUUGAAGAGACCUCGAUGACUAUUGAAUCUGGAUCCGAAGAUGCAGAACCAGAGAAAAAGAGAAAGAAAGAUGAAGAAUCUUCACUAGAUUUAGAUUUUCUUAUACCGAAGGCUGGUUUCUUCUGUCCUAUUUGUUCCCUCUUCUACUCCGAUCAGAAAACAAUGGCAAAUCAUUGCAAGAGUGCACGUCAUAAGCAGAAUACAGAGAAAUUCAUGGCCAGACAAAAAGAGAAAGAGCGGAAAGAAGCUGAAGAGAAAAGCUCCAGGUGAUCAGGAGAAGAAUUCAUUCAGAAUUCAUUUAGGGUCCAGUUGAUUUUAUGUAUUUUGUUAUCACUUAAUUUGUAACUUUGUUUCAGAAGCAGAUAUUCAUGUUGUACAAAUUUCUGAUUGCACUUGAUGUAGAAAAGACUGUUGGGGGUGGGGGGAGGGGAAGUAUGAUGGGUUUGAUUUUUAUAUCAAAUCAUCUGGCCUGGAGAAACAUCUUUUACAUACAAGUGUUGAAAUAAAUGUUGCUACUGUAUAUUUAACAGCACCUACUUGUGUUUGUUGUUUAUUGCUAAGGAUCUUUCUGUGAUUGCUGUGUCUUAUAAAGAAUUUUCUUGACUGACAAUCUUGUGAGUCAUUGUGGUGACAUUUAGUGUCCUGUUUUCAGAAGAUGAUUGUACUUUAUUCAUUUCCUUGCACUGUGGUGUCAGAGAUUUCUUCAUGGGUUAGACUGAUUGGCCUUUUUGGAUAACAGUCACCUGAGAAUCUGUCAUAACUUGGUAUGUGACAUUGUCCCCUUUUAGCGGCUUCGCUCGCUUGUUUUUGUAAUAGCAUGGUGUUUAGUUUGAGUACAAAGUGACUGUUUAUUUUGUGCAUUAAACUUUAACUGUUAGGUUUUUAGUCAGAUCAGAAUUGUAGAGACCUACAUUUUAAGUAGUUCUCUCAAAAAGGGUAUUUAUUUUGUUAAAAUUUAUAAAUUUUUUUUUUGCAAGUCAAAAAGGUGACUCAAAUUUUUCUUGGCCUCUGGGAAUCUCUGUCAUAUAUUGCCAAGACCCAGCUGUGACCCCUAGACUAGCAAGUCAGUAUUUGUCAUCAGUUCAGGGUAAUGGGGUGGGAGGGGAAACAGCUUAUCACUAACCUACUUACAAUGUUGCUUUUGAUGGGUACCAAAGUGAUCAUACUCACUGGAAAUUGUACAGGUAUGAAUUUAUUAGAUAAAGGUAUAGUAAUGGCACAUUUAUCAAACAGGGAAUGUAACUAUUUCACAUUAAUGAAUUUCCCUGAUUUAAAUGUCCUUUUUUAUUUUUAAAAAAAAUGGUGAAGUAGUUAUUUGUAAAAUGUAUUUCACAUUCCCCUGACUCAUAGUGUAUUGAGUUCAGUCUAGCCUUUUCCUGAUGACUUAGGUUUUCAGGUUGAACAUGAAUUAUUCUGUUCUCAAAUACAAUGUUUUUACCUGUAUUGUAAAGCUGAUAAGAUCUGGGAAGUCAUUUUGUUGCAUUUUUACAUCCUACUUUGGCAUAUAAUUGUUUAUUUGAGUUGAGAGGCUACUUGCAGCAUGUCCAUUGGCUUAGCCAGAGUCAUCUCUCUAAUUUGAACAUAAGCUUUUAGAGGGAAGGCAGUGAUAAUAACUAUAUUUUAUUUUUGUCUCCCACUCUUUAUUGCUGUUCAAGUCACGGUAACUUUUGCCCCAGAAUUAGUAACCAAGAGAGAUUGUCACCUUAGUAAACAUUUAGUGAAUGUCUGUGCCCUCUCCUCAGUACCUUACAGAUGCUGUGAAAAGACAGAAAUGAAUUUAGACCACUUAUUUAUUAACAAGUAUGAGAUAGUACAGAUAGAAUAAAGAAAAAUGAUAGGUGAGAGCCAGGCUAAUUAGGGAACGCUGGGGAGGAAGGCACAGGCAACACACAUUUAUCAGGCACCUACCAUGUGCAGAGCACUAGUUAAUAUUAAGGGAAAUGGGCAGAGGAGGGGAGGCUAGUAGAGAGCAAGAUUUUAACUGGGAUUUGAAGGAAGCCAGUGGAGCCAGGAGAAUGGAGAUGAGGAUGAGAAUUUCAGGCAUAGGGGACAGCCGGUCUAAAUGCCUGGAGUCAAGAGAUAGGAAUGUGUUGAGCAAAGAACAGGACAAAGUCAGUGUUGCCAGAUGUAGGCAGACUAGAAAGGUAAGAGGAAUAGGUGUUUUGGGUUUAGUCUUAAAGGGAAGUAUGAUGGGCUUGGAAGAUAAAAGCAUGAGUGAAAACAUAAGAAGGGAGAUGAUCCUGUCUAGGUCAGCGGUACCUUGUUUUUUAUUGAUUUUUAAAAUUCUGAACUUAUUAACACACUUAGAAUGAGCAUUUCCAUAUAAGGAGAGCAGACAAUAAGGCUUGUACUUGAAAUGACAAAUUUAUUUCCGCUUGUUUUUCCUUUGAGUGCAUAAUAAAUUCAACCUGUUACUUUCAAA